AUGUCAGGUGCCGGGCCUGUCCUCUGCAGGCGUCCUUCGCCUUCGCUGAAGGCUGUCUCUCGCUCUUUCCUCUCUGCCUCUGCUUUCUCUUCUCGUCUCUCUCCCUCCUCCGCGUUCGUCUCUCGUCCUCGGUUCCUGGCCUCGCUCCCUUCUCAGCCGCGUUCUCGCUGCUGCUGCGACCUGUCGUCGCCAGGCUCUCCCGCGCGCCGACAACUCGGCGUCGUUAUUUCUGCUUCGCCUGCUUAUGCGAAGGAACAUGCGCGAGACCUGCAUGCGUGGACUGGACGCGUUUUCUGGGCGGAGACGUCGCCGUGCUCUCGCGCUGCUGACGCGUCCAUUCUGGAAGGAAGGAGAGAGAAAGACCGACGCAGUCGCCAUUCCGGAACGACGUUCGAGCUUCGGCGGAGCUUCAUGUCCUGCGCGCUUUCAGACGGAGACGAGGAGAAGACCCACAACGAGGUGACGUUCCUGUCUGAGCGGGGAGAGUUCGAGGGAGAAAGGCAAGGCGACCGCCCGCCAGGAACGCCCUGCCCACAGACAUGUCCAGCAGCUCCAGAAGACGGCGAUUCCUCCCGACGCCUCCUCGCAUGGCUUCUUCUGCCUCUCGGAGCCUUCCUAGGUGCAACGGCCUUCGCUUCUCCUCCGUCUCUGUCUUCUCCGUCUCUGUCCUCUGCGUCUCUGUCUUCUCCGUCUCUGUCUUUCUGGCGGCGCCUGGCGCGAGCUGCGCUUCCUCUCCCGGCUCGGUGUUGCGGCAUUGUGGGGUACGUCGGGGACAAGGAGGCGGAGCCUGUGUUGAUGGAGGGACUGGAAAUCCUCCAGAACCGCGGUUACGACUCUUGCGGUAUCACGUCGAUCUCUCCGGAAGGCCAGCUGGUGACGACCAAGUUCGCGAGUCGGGGGACGACCUGCGACUCGAUCGAGAUUCUCCGCAGAGAGGGGAAGCAUCCCCACCGCGGCAAUCACAUUGGCAUCGCCCACACCCGUUGGGCGACGCACGGCAGCAAAACCGACGAGAACGCGCAUCCGCAUCACGACUGGAAAGACCGGAUUUCUCUCGUUCACAACGGUACCAUCGACAACUUCGCCGUUCUGAAGAAGGCGCUCAUCGACCGCGGCUGCACCUUCCGCUCCAGCACUGACUCGGAAGUCGUCGCGAACCUCAUCGGGUGGUACCUCGACCAGCCUGCAGACGACCCAGACGCGUCGGCGCCUCCCGCUGCGUCUUCUCCGGCUUCUUCCUCUGCCGCGGCUCGGUCUCCGGCGGAGGGCGAGACGCAGGCAAAGUGCCUGAGUUUCGAGGAGGCAGUGAAGCGCGCAGUGGGCGAGUUGCAGGGAACCUGGGGCCUCUGCGUCGUCCACAAGGACCAUCCGGACCGUCUGGUGCUCGCGCGCAACGGGUCGCCGCUGCUGGUCGGCUCUGUGGGGGACCAGCUGUUUGUGGCGUCGGAGCCUGCGGCGCUGGCGAGACAUACUAACCAGUACUUGAUGUUGAAGGACGGCGAGAUCGCGGUGGUAACGGCCCAGGGCGUCGGCCAGCUGGAAGCCACACGGCCGGUGCAUCGCAUCGCGAAGGAGACGAUUGAACUGUCUCCCGAGCCGUUUGCGCACUGGACGCUGAAGGAGAUCUUCGAGCAGCCUCAAGCUCUUGCCCGGGCAAUGAACUACGGCGGGCGGAUCGCACCCUACCAGAACCGUGUGAAGCUCGGCGGACUCGAUCAGAACCGCGAGUCCCUCCUGACGGUGAAGAGUCUCCUGCUCUGCGGAUGCGGAACGUCGCUCUACGCGGGCAUCUACGGCGAACUGCUCAUGCAGUGGCUGCGCUGCUUCGACCAGGUCCGCGCGGUCGACGCAAGCGAGGUCGACAUCUACCAUCUGCCGCGCCAAGACGCCGGCGUCCUCCUUCUCUCGCAGUCCGGCGAAACGCUAGACACGGUCCGCGCCUGUCAACUCGCAGACUUCCAGGGACUGAAGAAGUUCUCAGUCGUCAACCAAGUCGGCUCCUUGCUCGCGCGAAUGACCAACUGCGGAGUGUACGUCAACGCAGGCCGAGAGGUCGCGGUCGCGUCCACGAAGGCCUUCACCUCGCAGGUAGCAGUUUUGUCGCUGAUCGCCGCGUGGUUUGCCCAGAAUCAGCCGACACAGGCGUUUCCAGACCGGUGCAGCGCGUUGAUGGACGCGAUUCACCGUCUCCCCGUCUACGCCGGGAUGACUCUGAACUGUCGCGCCUUGUGUCAGAACAUUGCCGAGCGUCUGAAGGAUGCCAAGACGCUCUUUGUGCUCGGCAAAGGCUUCGGCUACCCCGUAGCUCUCGAGGGCGCUCUGAAGAUCAAGGAGCUGGCGUAUCUCCACGCGGAAGGUUUUCCGGCGGGCGCGCUGAAGCAUGGGCCGUUUGCGUUGAUCGACGAGAAGGAGAAGACGCCCGUGAUUCUCGUUCUCCUUGCGGACCAACAUGCAGCGUCGCUUCUCAACGCAGCGCAGCAAGUCAAGGCGAGAGGCGCGCAUUUGAUCUGCGUCACAGACGAACCGGACAUCGUGAAAGACCUCGCAGACGACGUCCUCGUGGUACCGUCCAACGGACCUCUCACUGCGUUGCUCGCAUGCAUUCCCCUGCAGCUCCUCGCGUACGAACUGGCGAUCGCAAAAGGCAUCAAUCCUGACAAGCCUAGAGGACUCGCGAAGACCGUCACGGUGAUGUAG